AUGAUGUUUUCUUGUGUUGAAGCCUUCAAGGCCAGCUUGGUCAUGCUUUUUCUCUUGGCAGCAGCAACGGCACAAGACAACACGACCAUGGUCGAUCCGGGUGAAGUCAUGAACAUUACUCCAGGUGAAAUCAUGACUCUGCCUCCUGAAACUGUACCAGCCGGGGGAAAUCCACAGGUGACCCCAGAUCCAGAAAGCCAAGAGGGAACCCAGGGUCCGACUACCCAAGUUUUGACUCAAGUUUUAGGACAGACGUUUGCUCCCGCACCCACGCCGAUUCCAGCGGCAGCUGUUGAGACCGACGAGUCUCCAACAAGCGCCCCUGGCAGUGGGGCAACAGACAUUUUGGCUUCUACAUUCAAGGUGCAAAUAGCUGCUGUGGUUGGUUUGGCAGGUGUGGUGAUGGCAAUGUUGUAG